AUGUCUAGCGGCUCUGAGAACGGGAUCAUAGGGGAAUACUCGGGAAAUGAUUUCACCAUCAAGGCCACUUUCACCGUCUUCCUCGGGAUCGCCCUGUACAACUCCAUCGAACUCCUGGUCCUCAUCUUCGCCUCCUUCCGUCGCUACCAUGGCCUGUACUUCUGGAGCUUGAUGCUCGCGACUGUGCUGGGUGUCAUCCCGCAGUCGCUCAGCUUCAUCCUGAAGUACAAUGACAUCGGCCCUCUUUGGUUCUCUAUCACACUAUCAACCAUCGGAUGGUAUUUCAUGGUCACCGGACAGGCUCUGGUGCUAUUCUCGCGCCUCAACAUCGUUGUGCAGGAUCUGACCAUCAGCCACCGCAUCCUCGCAAUGAUCAUCAUCAACGCGAUCAUCCUCCACGUUCCAACCACAGUACUCACUUACGGCUCCAACUUCGUUCGCACCUCCGUCUGGGUCCAUGGCUACACCAUAAUGGAACGCAUCGAGCUCACAGGCUUCUGUCUACAAGAGUUCAUAAUCUCAGGCCUCUAUAUUUCCAAAACCAUCAGCAUCCUCCGCAUAUCGCCACCCAGUAUCCACGGCCACAAUCGAAACCGCAAGGUCAUGUACCAGCUCCUCGCCAUUAACGCCCUCAUCAUCGUGAUGGACAUCAUUCUAUUGGUCUUCGAAUACCUCAACUACUUCGUGAUCCAAACGACUCUCAAAUCAGCAGUUUACAGUAUCAAACUCAAGCUGGAAUUCGGCGUUCUCAACCGCCUCGUCUUUCUCGUGCAUUCUCAUCGUCACUGGCCGCAUGAAGCGACUCGGCCGUAUACGCCCUCCCGGCGUGUGCAAGAGCAGGCGGAUUAUGAUUAUCAUUCGUUUCUUGAGGCUUCUCAUGGGAGUCCGGAACUCCCUUCAACGCCCAAGAGUUGUGAGUUAGCUACGACGCGACAUAUCUCGCAUUGA